GCCGCUUACUUCUACGUCACUUCCGCCGUGUCUCGCUGUAUGCGUUUUUUCGUGCAAAGAUGGCGUCUGCACAGUUAACGGAUAAGGAGAUUGUGUCUGAAUUAAAACGGCUCGGCUACACUCCGGGCCCGGUGACUGAGAGCACGCGGCCCGUGUACUUGAAGAAACUGAAAAAGCUGUGGGAGGAGCAGCCACAGCCUCGAGAAAAUAUCCAAAGGCAGUCUAAAAAAAAUAGCAACGGCGGUAGCGGCGCUAGCAACAGCAACGCCGCGGCGCGUGCUCCGGGACUCAGCGCCAGGCCACCGGACGGUGACGUCACGCGUCUGAGUGCCAGCCGGAGCGAAAAGCGCAGACCCGGAAAGUUCGUGCUGGGCUUCAGCUCGGACGAGUCGGACGCGGAGGCACCGCAGAAGAAAGGAGGCCUGAAUCACGGCGGCAGCAGGAGAGACCGAGGAUCCGCGCUGCAGACACCCAACUUAAGGCCUGCGGGAACACCUGCCGCCUCCCUCGGCUUAUCCGUGGACAGGAAAAGCAUUUCUGCGUCUCCGUGGUGGGCAGACCGAGGCAAAUCCAACGAUUUAGAGGAAACGGAAAGAGACAGUCGGACUUUGAACGGGCAUAAGGCGUUUUAUGAGUCUAACAGUAGUAAGCUAGUCAGGGACUACUCUGAUUCAGACGAGGAGGAGGAAGAGGAGGGUGAACGAGAGCGUCCCCGCGAACGCCGUCUGACUUCCAGACACCCCUCUUCCCCUUACCGGAGCGUCUGGAGCGCGGAGAAGACGGCGCGUGAUUCUCCCGACUUCAGUCUAGAUAUGCUCGGGGAACGAGAUGAGAAGAAACCGAGGGAGUUCAGCGGAAGCUACGUGAGCCGCAGCUACCAGAAACUCUCCGGGAUUGACGGGGAUGAUAACAGCAGCGGCACCGUCGGCGGUGGUAUCGCAUCCGGUUCUUUUAAUAAGAACCACAUCGACAACGGAGACGGCGAGUCCCCCUGCAGCAGCAGCAGUAGUCGGUUCAGUAUUGGGCUCAGACCGCGCUUUCCCUCCUACACAGCGACCUACCGAGCGAACCAUUCGAACCACACCGGUUUCAACCACUCCUACAGCCAUGCCUCAGCCCUCAAGCCCAAGCAGCACACCGCGGUCCCCGAGGACGAGCUCCUGCAGCAGUUUAAACGGGAGGUGUCCGCCACCGGCGGCUUCAGCGCUCACUACCUGUCCAUGUUCCUCCUGACAGCCGCCUGCCUGUUCUUCGUCCUGCUGGGCCUCAUGUACCUGCGGAUGAGGGGCUCCAGCUCCUCCGAGCGGGAUGCAGGCAUCGUACUUCACCCAUUCGGACCAGAGUUUGAUCUGCAGUAUGACGUCAAAGACCGAGACCUCAUCCUUAACCUGCUCCUGUCUCUACAUGAGCACCUGGCCAAUGUCGCUGGAGAACAUGAUUGUGGAGACCUUAAAAAUCCUUUAAACAGAAGUGUCUCUUUUAGUGACGCCUCUACGUACCUCAAGCUCCAAAAUGAAGCCUAUGAAAACUUGAUUGAAACGUCUUUAGAGUGGGUCAUGAAAACCAAAGAUGUUGUCGGUAUAAGGUUGAUUGGUGCUGACCCUGCUCAACCCAUAGAGGACAUAUCGGAAAUCUCACGACUGGAGUCCAUCCACCCCCGCAUGUCCUUCUUCUGUCGCCUCAGACGCGCCUUCUUCACUGUGAUCCACAGAGUUCUCUUCGUCCUUGCAGGCAUCGGUGUAGUUUUGGGUUUGGUGUAUUACAUGAAAUACAGAUGGCGCAAAGAAGAGGAGGAAACUAGACAGAUGUAUGACAUGGUGGAGAGGAUCAUCGAUGUAAUGAGAAGCCACAAUGAAGCCUGUCAGGAGAAUAAGGACUUGCAGCGGUAUUUGCCCAUCCCUCACGUCCGUGACUCUCUUGUCCAGCCUCAAGACAGAAAGAAGAUGAAGAAGGUGUGGGACAGAGCCGUUGCAUUCCUCUCAGCUAAUGAGUCCCGCAUCCGGACAGAAAAGCAGAGGAUUGGAGGGGCAGACUUCAUGGUGUGGCGGUGGCUUCAGCCCUCAGUGUCACCUGAUAAGAUGUCCAGCAUGCCCUCCAAAGUGUGGCAAGGCCAAGCAUUUCCACUGGACCGAAGAAAUUCGCCACCAAACAGCUUAACGCCGUGCUUGAAGAUUCGCAACAUGUUUGAUCCUGUUAUGGAAGUAGGGGAAAACUGGCACCUCGCCAUUCAAGAAGCCAUUUUGGAGAAGUGCAGUGAUAACGAUGGAAUCGUUCACAUAGCUGUUGACAAAAACUCAAGAGAGGGCUGCGUUUAUGUGAAGUGCCUUUCAGCAGAGCAUUCUGGGAAAGCCUUCAAAGCGCUUCAUGGCUCCUGGUUUGAUGGUAAGCUGGUGACGGUCAAGUAUCUACGGCUGGAUCGCUACCACCAGCGUUUCCCACAAGCCCUGGGCUGCAACACGCCCCUCAAGCCCUCCAGCUCCUGCAUGAACAGCAUGUCUCGCCUGAACCAGCGAUCCAGCACAUCCAGCUCACUGGGUUUCUCUUGAGGCACAUGCUAACGGCCACCACCAUCCUCUCUGCUCUCUCUUUCGCUAUAUACGAGGCUCCCUUUUCCUGCAUCCUCUUCACCAGAGAGAACUGCUUUCAGGAGCUUUUACAGUUGGGCGACCUGGGACGCCCAAUCAGUUUUGUCAGCCAUAUGCAAGCAAUGGUGUUUAAACCUGUGAGCUGCUGUUUUUUUUUCUUUUUUCCUGUCCUUCGGUAUCAAGGAAAGAAAGGCAGAUGCACACACUUGCGUGAAACCAGUGGAGAGAGAGUUGCUCGGUCCGGUGAGAACUUUUAGGAGAGGUGGACGACGCAAUCUCUGUCCUUCUCAUAUCUGGUGCAAGUGGACACAAAUUUCUGUUUCUUAUGUAUUUGCUUUGUUUUUGAUAAACCGUCUUUAUGGAUUCAAUGACAAAAAUG